AUGAGCUACUACGGCGGCUACUAUGGAGGACUGGGCUAUGGCUAUGGCUCUGGUUAUGGCUGUGGAUGUGGCAGCUACCGUGGCCUAGGCUAUGGCUAUGGCAGCUGUGGCUAUGGAGGCCUGGGCUAUGGUGGCUAUGGCUAUGGAGGCCUGGGCUAUGGUAACUAUGGCUAUGGCUGCUGCCGCCCAUCUUGCUGUGGAAGAUAUUCUUCUUAUGGCUUCUAUUGAAAAACUGUUUGCUUCUGAGUUGUCAUGGAAUCCUUGGGUUUGGAGAUAUUUCCACAGCAUGUAAAAUACAUCAUUGUAUCUUCUUCUACUGCCUGGUAUCAUGGGAAAACUACCGUGAAAAGAAUUUGGAAUUCCUCUGGAGACUCAAAACAAUAAAGUGGCAGAAACUGAAAAGCAGCAGGAUCCAUCCUUCUAGGAAAUGAUGCAGAAUUUCACUUGUCAUGAAGGAGACUCCUCCAAUGACAGCUCAUUUUCAGCAAUUUGUUCGUCUUUAAUACACCAUUGCUGAGGUGUCUAUUAUGAAUUUCUAAUAAACUUAUUUCACUGCCUUAGCAAAA